UAAGGAGUUUGACAAUAUUCUUCCAAAGCCGGAUCCUGCAAACUUGAACUACAACUUCAGCGUUGUGACGAGCGAUGAUGAGGAAUUCUUCACGUAUUCACUCAUAAAGAUUCCGAUAUUGACGCCUGACAAUCGGAAGCUUUCAGCAAUAAGGCUGGAUUAUCAGGGAUAUAUAUAUGAUACGGACAGGCCUACUAUUGCAAAGGCUGGUUUUUGUUAUGGUUACGAUGAAACUCAUCAUGGGUCUGCUGCCAACCUCGGCUGUGAGCUAAGAAAGCAGCCCAAGUGCAGGAAUGAUGGUCAGACGUUUAAUCUUACGUAUGGGGACUUCAGGCAUUUGAAUGGAACACCAGCUCCGGCUGUUUAUGACAGUAACUCAAGCCUCAGUAUGAGUGACUGCCGAGAGAAGUGCUGGAAUGACUGCGAAUGCGUUGGCUAUACGAGUGGUAAUGUAAGUGGUUGUGCGUAUUGGAGAGGCAAAAAUUUGGAGUUUGUGCAGAGUGAUAUUCCCUAUGGUUUACUAGCUAAUACAUAUGUUCUUGAUAGUUCUGCACCUUCGAGACCAGCAAAGAAGAGACAUGUUGAGAUCAUCUCAGCUGCAGUGAGUGUAGCAGUGCUGUUUAUCUUGGGCAGUAUUGUUGCUUUGUUCGCUAUCAGAAAACUUAAAAAGGAUCAUCUUACAAGGAAAAGGAAGGAAGAUCAAUUAAGUGACCUGCUGACACUAGACGGAUAUACAGAAAUGUACGAGCUCGAAAGUGGAGGAGCGAACAAUCAUCAUGAUCUUAGAAUGUUCACCUUUGCAUCAAUCCAAUCUGCUACAAACAACUUUUCCCAAGACUACAAACUGGGACAGGGUGGUUUUGGCCCUGUUUAUAAGGGAAAAACAUCAGAAGGUCAAGAUAUAGCAGUAAAACUUCUUUCUCGACAGUCCGGACAAGGAUUGCUCGAGUUCAAGACCGAGCUUAUACUCAUUUCUAAACUGCAGCAUGUGAACCUUGUCAAGCUUCUUGGUUUCUGCAUUCAUGGGGACAACAAAAUGAUAAUCUACGACUACAUGCCAAACAAGAGUCUCGAUUUCUUUCUCUUCAAACCAUCUAACAGGGAGCGAUUGAGUUGGCAGCAACGAUUCAACAUCAUCGAGGGCAUUGCUCAAGGACUACUCUACCUUCAUAAGUACUCACGGUUGAGGAUAAUUCACCGAGACUUGAAACCAAGUAACAUAUUACUCGACAAAGAUAUGAACCCUAAGAUCUCUGAUUUUGGUCUUGCUAAAAUCUUUAAGCAGAACGUGAGUGAAGCUAACACAAUCAGGCGUGCUGGAACAUAUGGGUACAUGGCUCCUGAGUACGCGAUGCAGGGUAUAUUCUCCACAAAAUCAGAUGUAUACAGUUUUGGAGUUAUAGUACUUGAGAUUGUUAGUGGUAAGAAAAACAAUGGCUUCCACCAAACCGAAGGCCCUCUAGACCUAGUCGAACAUGCUUGGGAGCUCUGGAAUAAAGAUUGUGCACUAGAAAUAAUGGAUCCAACAUUGAGGGGUUCAUGCAUUGCAGAUCAAGUGCAACGAUGCAUCCAUGUUGGGCUCCUAUGUGUCGAAAAUCAUGCAGCCGAUCGACCCACGAUUGAAGAUGUUAUAUCGAUGUUAAAAAACGAAACGACAAGUGUAUCGAUGCCUAAGAAUCCAGCAUUUAUCACUAGAAAUAGUAUAUUUGAUGAAGCAGAAACAAGUAGAUCAGAGAAGCUGUUAUCACCAGCUUAUGAAUUCACAGUUACUGAAGUAGAAGGAAGAUAGCAUCGCAGUACUAUUAUACAAUCUUGUGUUAAUAAGGCUAUUUGUUGUAUGACAUUUAUGUGUAGCUUAUUUCUAUUCAUUUCUAUUUGGUGUUGUUAACUUAAUUUGUUUUGUUGAA